UGAGUCCCGCCCUCCCCCCGGGGACUCGGCACUGCAAGCUCGAGACCCCGCCCCAGUCCAACCACUUCUUGGUCAGCAGCAAUCGGACUCAUCCCGCCAAGGGCCAUUCUGGCCCCGCCCCUCCCUUCCGGGUUCUAUCCCUCACUUCCGGUCCCAGGCCCACGCCCCGCCUCCGUCUGGUUUGGAACAAUCCGACGGAACCUGCUGGGCUCUGCUCCUCCCUAUGCCACGCCCCUUCUCCGUCUGGUGCAUUCAGAAUUAUCCUCCCGAGUCAGCUCAGGCCCCGCCCCUGCCCCGUCCGUGCCACCCCCUGCCUCCGAGAUCAAGCCCUGACCACGCCCCUUCUUCGUUUGGCGAGGUCGGGCUGGCCUGCUGGUCCCGCCCCUCCCAGGCCCCGCCCCGUCUAGACUCUUCCCAAAGCCGCUCCGGGGGCCGCAUCCUUCGACUCAGCUGGGCGCCAGGAGUUGCAACUAUGGCGGUCACCGCUGAGGGCGCCCGCAGGAAGGAGCGCGUCCUCUGCCUGUUUGACGUGGACGGUACCCUCACGCCGGCUCGCCAGAAAAUCGACCCUGAGGUGGCUGCCUUCCUGCAGAAGCUGCGAAGAAGGGUGCAGAUCGGUGUGGUGGGCGGCUCUGACUACUCUAAGAUUGCUGAGCAGCUGGGAGAGGGAGAUGAAGUCAUUGAGAAGUUUGAUUAUGUGUUUGCUGAGAACGGGACGGUGCAGUAUAAGCAUGGACGACUGCUCUCCAAGCAGACCAUCCAGAACCACCUGGGGGAGGAACUCCUGCAGGACUUGAUCAACUUCUGCCUCCGCUACAUGGCCCUGCUCAGACUGCCCAAGAAGCGUGGAACCUUCAUCGAGUUCCGGAACGGCAUGCUGAACAUCUCGCCCAUUGGCCGGAGCUGCACCCUGGAGGAGCGAAUCGAGUUCUCCGAACUGGACAAGAAGGAGAAGAUCCGGGAGAAGUUUGUGGAAGCCCUGAAAACAGAGUUUGCCGGCAAAGGACUGAGGUUCUCCCGAGGAGGCAUGAUCAGUUUUGACGUCUUCCCUGAGGGCUGGGACAAGCGCUACUGCCUGGACAGCCUGGACCAGGACUGCUUCGACACCAUCCACUUCUUUGGGAACGAGACCAGCCCCGGUGGGAACGACUUUGAGAUCUACACAGACCCCCGGACUGUUGGCCACAGUGUGGUGUCCCCGCAGGACACGGUGCAGCGAUGCCGUGAGAUCUUUUUCCCAGAGACAGCCCAUGAGGCGUGACCAGGGCCCACACCUGCCCCUUGGGACUUCCAGAGAGCUCUGCCCGGGCCUAAGAGAGCCCCUGGCCCUGGUGUUGGGGGGGCGCCAGGGCCCCUCCUCUGGCCCAGGACACCUGCCUCACGUUACCUGCUGAAGGCCCACCUCAGUGGGCCCAGGGUCUGUGCGGACAGCCACCCCCAGCUGGUCAGCUCUUGGCGGGCCUGGCUCCCGUCCUCCACCCCGAUGGCCCUGGCUGCAGCUGCUGCUCGUACUUCUGGACAGAACAGGUUUCUGUCUACGCGGGAAGCGUGUGCGAGUGUUGGUACGAGACAGAGCCCGCGCUGCUUCCCUGCCCUAGAUGGGGCGCAGAGCAGUGGGGAAGGUGCAUACUUGUGAGAACUUGAUCUCACGUAUACUAAACUUCGUGGAACGAG